AUGUCCGCCUCCAGCAGCAGCACCCCCUACCUCCCAAUCCGGCUCUGCACCGAAGUAACGCCGCAAUGCCCUGUCGAACACUCUAUCUACGGAUACUACCCAUCGAUCGGCGCGAACGCGUUCUUCGUGGCCUUGUUCGCCAUGUGUGCUGUUCUGCAACUGUACGCCGGCAUCCGGUACAAGACAUGGACCUAUCUGGUCGCCAUGUUUCUGGGCAGCGUCGACCAGGCAUUGGGAUAUAUUGGGCGGGUGAUAUUAUACAACAACCCCUUCAACUCGAUUGGCUUCCAGAUCCAGAUUUGCUGUCUGAUCCUGGGCCCGGCAUUCAACUCGGCCGCCAUCUACCUCGUCCUGAAACAUGUCACAUUGUGUUUCGGCCCUGAAUACUCACGCAUCCCACCGAGAUGGUACACGUACAUCUUCAUCACCGGUGACCUGGUGUCUCUUGUGAUCCAGGCCAUUGGAGGCGGGAUCGCCGCGACGUCCUUGUCGAACAGGCCGCGUCAAGAGGUGGGCGACCAUUUGAUGAUGGCCGGUAUUGCUUUCCAAGUUGUGACACUUCUGUUCUUCGGCAUUGCCGCCACCUGGUACAUUGUACGCCGCCGAAGGGCUCCUGAGCCGUUGUCGUCCGAAGCGAUCGGCUUUCUGCGCAGUUUGAAAUUCAGAUUCUUCGCUAUGGGAUUCGCCGCCGCAUUCACUGCCAUUUUCAUCCGGUGUGUCUAUCGUAUUGUUGAGAUGGCUGGUGGCUGGGGCAAUGAGAUUAUGCAAAAUGAGCCCUCUUUCAUCGCCUUGGAUGGAUGGUACGCUACCUGA